AUGGUCGCACCAGAUCCUGUUUACCAGAGUGUGGAGCAUCUUCUGGUCCCGUCGGUCAAACUGAAGACGCUGCUGGUGUCUGCGUACCUGGAGCACCGACUCUCACCCAGGAAGGUGCGGGUGAUCGCGGUGGUGCUGAGAAACGAGACCUCACCUUACCGGUGUCGCCUGCGCUGCCUGGGGAAACCUGACGCAUUCACUGACGGCUACGUCUCCGUCCACCGAGAUCACUUUGAUUACCCGUAUGGAACAUCUGACAUCAUGUGUUCACUGCCUCCGGACUGUCAGUUACCCUCUCAUGUCUCUGUCACGUCGACCAGACACAAAGAGCUUUGUGACCAAAGAGUUCUGGAGGUGAAGAACCAGGAACCGAAGCAGGACUCCUUCAAGUCCAACUUCACUGUCUGCUGGUCCACCAUGUUUGACUUCAACAAUGUUCUGCAGCUGGUCCAGAGCCUGGAGAUGCUUCAAGUCCUAGGGGCAAACAAAGUCGCCAUUUACAAGACCAACUGCAGCGCCGACACACAGCGUGUUCUGAACUACUACACCCAGAGAGGUCUGGUGGAAGUGAUUCCUUGGAACAUGUCACAGUAUUUGAUUCUCUCUCGGGGUUGGCAAGUUAAGAAAGACCCCGGUGACCUGCACUACUUCGGCCAGCUCGCCGCCCUCAACGACUGCAUCUACCGAUACAUGUACCAGUCCAGGUACCUGGCUAUGCACGACGUGGACGAGCUCAUCCUGCCGCAGGCCGUCAGCAGCUGGCCGGAGCUGCUGCCACAACUGACCUCCAAGUACAAAUUUAAAAACUGCUUCACAUUUGAGAACAAUGUCUUCCCAAACACGGUCUCGCUGACCCCGCCCACCUCGCCAGGGUCAAGCUGCUGGAGCAAGGUGACUGGGGUGAACAUUCUGGCUCAUCUCCACCAAGAACCCUACGUGCCCAAUUGGGAUUGCAAGGUCAUAGUUGACCCACGAUCCAUUCACGUCAUCUCCGUUCACAUAGUCCUGGAUCCUUACAAUGCCUGCUCCUGGGUCGACAGAAAUGAAGCUCGGCUUUACCACACCAGAGGUCCAAAACAGCCUCACCUGACCCAGGGUCAGCUGGUCUACGACAGCAGGAUGGUGAGCUACAGCGAGAAGCUGAAGGUGACAGUGGACGCUGUGCUCAGGGAGACCGGCCUGCUGCCCCAGGAUUCUGCACCGUGUUGA